UUAAACUACAAAGAAAACCAAAGAUCUUGUACAUUUAUUGCUUUGAUUAAGAAGCAGCAGCAACAACAACAACAACAACAAACACUAGAUUACAUUAGAUUACACAAAGGAUGGUCAAAUACGCUGUUAUUUGCGCGAGUAAUCAGAAUCGCUCCAUGGAGGCGCACAAUGUUCUUGCUAAAAAGGGAUUCGAUGUAGCAUCCUAUGGUACAGGAACAAUGGUACGCUUACCAGGUCCUUCGAUUGAUAAGCCAAAUAUCUAUCCAUUCGGAACACCUUAUGAUCAAGUAUAUCAAGAAUUAGAAGGCAAAGAUCAACAGCUCUAUACACAAAAUGGACUCUUGACAAUGCUUGAUCGAAACCGAAAAGUUAAAGACGCUCCUCAACGUUGGCAAGAAUCUGUAGAUACCUAUGAUGUUAUUAUUACAUGUGAAGAACGAUGCUUUGAUGCAGUUGUUGAAGAUUUAUCCAACCGUGGCCAGUCUCUCAACAAAAGUACACAUGUAAUGAAUGUCGAAAUCAAGGAUAAUCAUGAAGAUGCUACCUUGGGCGGCAGAGCUAUCUUACAGUUGGCUCAAAUGAUCGAGUCUUCGUUUGAUAUCGACGCUGAUGUAGAUGACAUUAUCGACCGCUACACAGAAAAGAAUCCAAAUUUCCCUAUUCUUCACACAGUUGCUUAUUUUUAAACAAAAAAACAAUUAGCAAACUUUUCAUAUAUGUAUUUCUCUUUCUUUUUUAAAGAAGAAUAAAGCCCAUGUCAUAGAUAA